AUGGCCCUGAAGCGCAGAGAUGUAGUCCUCGCCGCCGUCGCCAUCUUCGUCGCCUGGGGCUACCUCACCCACUGGCAACCGAAGCUGCACUACCUGCCGUAUGCCUUUGUUGCCGGCGCACUCGCAACCGCUGGGCUGCAGGCCUGGCUGACCUUCACGACCGCCUGGAGCAAAGAGCUGCGGUGCAGCAGGGCCGAGUACGGUGCUCGGCAUGCCGCCUUUGUACGGCCAGAGCGGUGGGCGGCCGAGGUGGCAGCGCUCACCAAGCGCAACGAGUACAUGAUGGAGCCCAUCUACCCCGCCUCGUUCGUCGUGUCCGACAGCCUGGACGUGCUGGUUGGCCUCGUUCUGCGCGACUUUGUAAAGAGCUGGUAUGGCAGCAUCAGCAAGAGCCCCACGUUCGUCAACGAGGUCGACCGAGCGGUGCGCGCGGCGCUGGGCGACAUCUGCGAGCGCAUCCUCGCCGUGGACGUGGUCGAGACGGUCGUGUCGCGCCUGAUUCCCAUCAUCACCGACCACCUGCGCGCGUCCUACGAGGCCGAGCAGGUGGUACGCGGCCGCAAGCUGAUGCGCAACGUCACCGAGAGCGAGGAGCUGGACCUUGCCAUUGCGGCCAAGUACAAGGAGGGCCGCCUGCACCCGGCUGCGUCCCUGGCGUACUCCAACACCAAACCCAUUCAGCAGCAGCACCUGCGCAGCCUGGCCGCCCGCCUGCUGCCGAAAAUCAUGCCGCCCAGCAUGAUGACCAGCCCGGCGGUCAAUGUGCUGGUCAAGGAGCUCGUGGCCUGCGCUGUCCUGUCGCCCAUCAUGCAACUGGUCGCGGACCCCGACAUGUGGAACCAGUUGAUGGAGGGUUGUGGUCGCACGCUUCUUCAAGAACGCAAGACUGUCCGCAAGCUCCGGGCCGCGCUCGAUCAGCAGACGCCUGCCUCGCCCAAAAUCACCAAGAACAUCCAGUUUCCCAAGCUCGCGCCCGGCGACAACGAGCGGCGUUUCGAGAAGUUUAUACGCGCCAUCAGACAAACGAACACACUCGCCGACGCCCGGCGCUUUCGCAGCGAAAUCUCCAGUCAGUUGCGCAAGGACUCGCAGAUUGAGGACCAAGAUGCAGUCUAUCUGCGGCGCUUGGAAACAGCACGCAGCAUCCUGGACCAGAAGGUCGCAAAUCUCAGUGCUGGCGGAUCAGUGCGUGCAAAAGUGGAGGCAAAGGAAAAGCCUAAGCACAAGCGAACGUCUUCUCGGUUUGCUAAUGCUUCUCUUCGAGAAGUCCUCUACGAUGCGUCGGGUCUCUCUUGUUUCAUGGAGUUCAUGGACCAGGCCGAUCUGAUGCGUCUCGUACAGUUCUGGAUAGUCGUGGAUGGGUUUCGAAACCCUCUCGAGGAUGAGAUGGAUGAGGAGCCUGUGGGGCAAAGCGGACCACUACCUUCGUGGACGGAUUCUGAUCGUGCGGAUAUUGCACAGAUUCACGACGCGUAUCUAUCCAAGCCAGGACUGAAGAUCUUACCAGAAGCUAGACAAGCGGUCACAACAUUCUUAAAAGCAGGACGAAAAGCAACACCGCAACAGUACCACGAUGCACGGCGUGCUCUGCUCCAAGCUCAGACGGAUGCCUAUGACCAGUUGCAAGAGCCAUACUUUAGGCGCUUCAAGAGAUCGAACCUAUACUACAAAUGGCUUGCAAUGGAUGAAGCAGCGAAUCCCAGCAGAAACGUUAGAACGCAAUCAAUUGCGCAGACCUUGGACGACCCUUCUGCUGCCGCUCCUGCGAUGACCAGAUCGCAGUCGACCCAGCGACCCAUGCUGAAGCUGCCAGCCGGAGACCUCCGCCGUGCAGUUGCUUCGUCCUCCGAUCUCAAAGGCCAAGGCGUGAUCAAAGAAUUCGAGCCGCCCCUCAGACGGUCGCUGGAUGUGCAGUCACCCACCACUCUUCGGUUACCGCUGUUUGAUGACGAUUACGAUACUGAUACCAUGGUGCAAUCAACUGCAAGCUUGGACUCUGACUUUGGUCAAAAUCAGCCAAACGGAAAUAAUAGUCAGGUUGUGGACGCUAUGCACGCUGCAUUGACUGACAUCAUGGACGAACCCGAGGGGUCGUUGUUCUAUGACCCCAGUCUGAAGCCACCCCGGGACAUUGAGUCUCGAAAAGGUUCUGUAGAUCUAACUGGAGCCCUGUCGCCUAGGCCUUUGAUGCAAAAUAGGAAAGAAAGCGAGAGGCCAAGCAUAGCAUCCUUAGGGCUUGUUGGUGCACCCAGAACACGCGGAGUUUUCAACGAUGAUCUCUUCGGCGAUGAAGAGAAGUUUCUCGAAGACGAAGUGGACGACCCUGUAGCCCGCAAUAAGACCGACGACGAAGACAUCCACGAAGCUGCCCCGGGAGAUUUGGGUCUUGCGGAAGCCAUCGAUGCACUGACUGCGGAUAUUGAGCGUCUGGUAACGCAGGAGUCUAUCGUGGACUCGCUGACCUCGAAAGCGGAGCUGACGAACAAUGCUGCUGAGCUCCGAAUCCUACGCAAAAGUAAGGCCAGUUUGCAAAGAGAGAUCCAAAGGAAGGAGCUGCAACGUCAACAGUAUAUUGUCCAGGAAAGCGACAACAGUUUGUAUGGCCGCGCUACAGUAUUCAUACAGUCCAUCAUGGUUGGUACCGAGGAAGAUGGGAAGGAGUAUGCCAUGUAUGUUGUUGAAGUCAAACGCAAAGCGGGCGAUCAGAUGCCGGCCGCAACGUGGGUCAUUUCCCGUCGCUACAGCGAGUUCCACGAGCUGCACAAGAACCUGCGUUCAAAGUUCCCUCAAGUUAGAAACCUUGAGUUUCCACGGCGGCAGAUGAUGCUCAAGCUGCAGAAAGACUUCCUGCACAAGCGACGGUUAGGCCUCGAGAAGUAUCUCCGCGAACUUCUCCAGAUACCAACCGUCUGCCGCAGCCGCGAACUCCGCGCUUUCCUCUCGGCUUCCGCCAUCAACCCUGCGGAUACCCUGAAGAAUGCCGCCGAAACGAGUGACUUCGUCUCCCGCAUUUAUUCAUCGGUCGCAGACGGCAUGGAAGAAUUUCUCGGCAAUAUUCCUGUCCUCGACCAGCUCUCCGUCGCUGGCCAGAACCUCAUCUCGGCAGCAACCACGCAGCUCGCCGCUACCAACAGCCACCCCACCGACCCCAACGCCCCGCCAGGCUUCGAAGCCGGUCUCGGCGUGGGCGACGCCGAAGCAGAAGCGGAGCUCCUCGCCUUCGAAAACAAAGAACUGGAGCCCUUUGUAAAACCAAUCUGCGACCUCUUCCUCGAAGUCUUCAGCCUAAACGCACAGAACAACUGGUUGCGCGGCCGCGCCGUCGUCGUAGUGCUGCACCAGCUCCUCGGCGGCACAAUCGAGCGCAAAGUGCGCGAGUCCUUCACGGCUUUCACUUCGGCCAACAGCAUGGCGUCGUAUAUCGACAAAAUCAAAGACAUCAUGUGGCCCAACGGCCGGCUCAAGCAACCUGAUCCCGCAGCCUUACCACGCACGCAGAAAGAUCGUGAUCGCAGCCGGAGAGAGGCGCAGGCCGUGCUCGAGACGUUGGUCCCUGAGCUGGCGAGCAGUGUUGUCGGCAGGCAGAAUGCUGUUAUCGCCGCGCGCAGGAUGGGGGGGAUGCUGAAUAACGAGCGGCUGAAUACGCAUUUGGUGUUCACGCUCGUGGAUGAGGUGGUUGGCGUGCUGUUCCCCGAUGUGUAG